AUGCACUUUAUCAAUUUCCUGUUGUUCUGCUUGUCCUACGUACUGACUGUUCUUGAGACUUUGCAUCCCUCAGAAGACCCGUUUAGUAUCGACGUCUCGAAAGCUGGUCUAACACAAGGCGGUCCUCCUGCGUCAACGCCUCGAGCCUCGAGCACCUUUGGUAGCCCUGGUCCACCCACCCACCAGACGCCUCUGAUCCCUCUCACGCCCGCCAAAGAUUCAAUAGGCACUCCCAAGGACCCCAUACUACCUCGGCCAACGACAGUCAUGGGUGGUGGCGAAGGAUACCGAACUGUGGCGUACUUCGUCAACUGGGGCAUCUACGGCCGCAAAUACUUCCCUCACACCGUCCCUGCCGAUAAAUUGACCCAUGUCCUGUAUUCCUUUGGUGACAAUCGCGAAGACGGUGAGGUCAUUCUGACCGACCAAUGGUCUGACAUCCAAAUCCACUAUGAAGGAGACUCCUGGAACGACCAAGGCAACAACCUUUACGGCAAUCUCAAGCAGCUCUACCUGCUCAAGAAAAAGAACCGCAACCUGAAGGUCCUACUUUCAAUUGGCGGUUGGACCUAUGCCCACGAGCAGAAGCAUUUCGAUACGCCUGCUUCGACGCCCCAGGGUCGCAAAAAGUUCGCGGAUAGCUGUGUCCAAUUAAUCAAGGAUCUGGGAUUUGAUGGCAUUGAUAUCGAUUGGGAGUAUCCAAGAGAUCAAGACCAGGGACAUCAGUUGUUGUUGCUGCUCCAGGCCAUACGCUCGGCUAUGGAUGCGUAUGCUAGCAAGCUUGAGGGCGAGACCGGGACGAAGCCGCAAUUCGUGCUGACCAUUGCUGCACCGGCUGGCGCCGACAACUACAACAACAUACCCCUUGGGGCCAUAGCUCAGGUGCUCGACUUUAUCAACCUGAUGGCAUAUGACUACUCAGGCAGCUGGGACAAAGCUGCCGGCCACCAAGCCAACCUUUUCCCGUCCACAUCUGUUCCUGCAUGUACUCCAUUCAACUCACAAUCUGUCAUCGAUGCAUACGUUUCCAAAGGCGUUCCUGCGAAUAAAAUCGUCCUCGGAAUGCCCCUGUAUGGCCGCGCCUUUACCAACACCGACGGUAUCGGCAAGUCGUAUAAUGGAUCGGGCCCAGGCUCUUGGGAAAACGGUGUCUGGGACUUCAAAGCUUUACCCCAGCCAGGUGCUCAAGAGUACUCCGACGAAGAAUCUGGUGCCAGCUAUUCUUAUGACCAGAACACGAGAACACUGGUAAGCUACGACACACUGGACAUGGCGAAGAAGAAGGCAAAAUGGAUCAAGCAGAAAGGCCUCGGCGGAGCAAUGUGGUGGGAGCUUUCCGGCGACCGACAAGGCGAGGGCAGCAUCGUCAACGGCGUCGUCGCAGAACUCGGUGGGCCCUCCAGCGGCAGACUGGAACAUCACGCCAAUUGGCUCAUUUACCCAGACUCACAGUAUGACAACCUACGCAAAGGAUUUCCGAACAACUGA